AUGAGGAAACCUACUCAGUUCCUGCGCAUUCAUUCGCCUUCGAAGCUAUUAUCUGCUCGUGGGUUACAGUAUCAACAACGCCAGAGCCCUCUUUUCCCUCACCCAAAGCAAACAUCCGGGCGCAGUUUCACUGUUCCAAGCAAACCAUUGAACCCAUUGACAACUUUCAUCCCAUCCUCUAUUCAACAAGCGCCAUCUCGCCCUCGUCGCAUUGUUGUGGGGAUCACCGGAGCCACAGGAGCACCAUACGCCAUCGCUCUGCUGAGGCUCCUGCGUCAACUUGGCAUAGAGACGCACGUUGUCAUUAGUAAAUGGGCGCUGGCGACUCUUAAGUACGAGACGACCAUGACUGAAGAGCAGAUUCGUUCACUGGCAUAUGCCAAUUACACUGCAAGAGACGUUUCAGCCCCCAUCGCAUCAGGUUCAUUCCAGCACGAUGGUAUGGUCAUUGUCCCCUGCAGUAUGAAGACACUCGCAGCUGUAAGAAGCGGCUACUGUGAUGACCUGAUAUCCCGGGCGGCAGAUGUGACCUUGAAGGAGAACAGAAGAUUACUCAUGGCUGUGCGAGAGACACCGUUGAGUGAUGUCCACUUGGACAAUAUGCUGUUCCUACGGCGAGCUGGGGCUAUCAUAUUUCCGCCAGUUCCCGCAUUCUACACUAACCCUGACAGUCUGGAGGAUGUAGUUGAUCAGAGCGUGGGCCGCAUGUUGGACUUGAUGGGAAUUCACACAGAUGGAUUUGAGAGAUGGGACGGAUUCAAGCAGAACAAGUCAGUAGUAAGACCAGCACAGGCUAAUAAAGCAACCCAUGCCUAG